AUGACCUCUAUCAGCUCCACCGUGUCCCCUGUCGAUGUCGAAACCACCAAUUGGAAUGCAGUCAAAAUCUUCGCAGUGCAGCACCAACUCUCCCUCAGGCUGCUGGAAGCUGCGCGCGAUGCUGUCACCGCACAACCCGCAGAACAUGCUGAGGACCACGACUUUGGCUCAGAUACGCCGUAUCACAUCACGGCGACGCGCCUCGACACAGGUCGCGUCAUCUUUCGCUUCCGCUCCCGUCAAUCAGGUCUCGGUCAGUCCGAUGCUCAACCUUCUGCAAUGUCACAGCACCAAGGGAUGCCCCGAUCCAGCUCAUCCGGCGCCAUUUUCACACGGCCGCCUCCCGAGUCACCCGACGCUCAUCAGCCCGUUCCGAAGAUGAAUCUGGCCAACACGCUCUUGCGCAAGACUGGCAAUCUCAGUCUGAAGCAUUCCAGAUCUAUACCCGUUCUGCGUCGCAAAGCUUCAUCCAACCUUGCCCCCGCCUUCUCUCCGAAUCCAGCUGCGAGCUCGUCUAGCGGUGCACCUCCUCCUCCUCCAAACUCGACACUAGCCGACAAUUUGCUCAGUCACACCCACUUGCCUGCUCCCGCCUUGCCCCUUGUCCCCGCAUCGCGUUCCGCUUCCGAUCACCACCAGCGAGACGGCCAGUCUCAAACAAAGCGAGGAGCUGUUGGUCACAGCAUCAGCAUGGCUCGUGCUGGCAGCACCCCUGUCAGUGGUACCUACGCGAAUCGCCAGGCUCCGGACCACAUUCAAGAAGGCGACGUGCUCGGCGCUGUGCUCGGACUCGGUCAGGCUGACCUGUGGUCCAGUGCGCACGCCGAUACUUCAUCCCGGUCGCAUCCUCGCAGAUCGUCCAGCAGCUCGUUCGAGCCCUCACAAGACCCCUCGCUUCGUUCGAACCCGCUCCCAGACGUGCGUCUUCCAGAAGGCAGCUUCGACAUGCGUCUCGCCAAGCAGCCGCGUUCCAAUCAACUCAGAGAGGCUCAGUCAUUUGAAUCGAAUGCAUCAGAUGCAACAGCCCGUGGCAGAGACGACUACGACCUGCGGAUCGACAGCUUUCCAGCCGAGCUGCAUCCUUUAUUGCCCGAGGAACCUAACAGCAGCAUCACAGCGCCUCCCAGAACGCUCGUCUUCGACGUGAUUCAGUGCUAUCGUCGACCUUCGCCGGCACCGUCACAACACCAGCUGACGGUUGAUGCUGGUUCCGACAUUUCUGCGUCCAUCCCCGCCUCGGGCAUCGCAGACCUGACAUAUUCCACCGCCAUCAACGCGCAGGCACAAUCGUUGCAAACCUCGGCAGCGCCCGGGGAUGAUCCGCGAUUUGCUGUGUGGGCCGUCAGGAGCGACAGGAACGACGGCACUUUCGUGAUCAGCAACCGAGCUGGUCAGACCGACGAUCGCCCAAACUCAGAGCUUGCCUCCUCGAUGAGCGACUCUCCGGAGCUCACAAACAAGCGGCCUAAACGGAGAAGCCGCCUGCCGUUCGGUGAUGAUUACUUUACAACUGCCGCCUCUCCCAGAAGCGCUUCCACUUCUAGUCCCGCCUCGGAAAGGACGGCGGACGUCUCGCAAAGAUCCCCGCCAAGCGGAAAAGCGGUCUUGCUCGCUGCAUCUGCCGCACGUCUGGUGGCAGAACUGACCGCCGAAAUCGAUCUCGAUCUGCGCAGCGACUUUUUCUACACGUUUCGUGCUUUUAUGUCUCCGAUGAAUCUGCUCGAGCUGCUCAUCCUACGCUUCGAAUGGGCUGUCUCUGAACCCAGUUCUGCCGCAGACGAAGCACGUCGCCGCAUAGUGCGUGUGCGCACCUACGUCGUCAUCAAGCACUGGCUGCAGCACCAUUUCGACUUUGACUUUCUUCCCAGCCGCGCUUUGCGGCAGCGACUUGCUACGUGGCUCAACACUAUGGCCAAGGAUGCACGAAUCGCCACGCGUCCCGCAGAUCUGAACAUCAUCAACAGCUUGCGCAAGGUCGUCAGAGCCCUCAAGGAGACCUACUCGCAAUCGGGCGUGGGCGGCCUCCUUUUCAAUGAUGCUGGCCGCCUCGCCGACAGCCCUACUUCGCAUCCCAGGACCAACAGCCUUUCCACUCUUGGAUCGAGCUCACACGACUCCGAGUCCAGCAUCGCCGCAACGUCGAGUCCCGCAUCGAGCGGAGAGCAUCGCAUGAGUAGCUCGGGGUCCAUGCCCUCCAUCGCCGAGGAUGUCAACCUCGAUUUUGCCGAAGAUCCCAGCUCUCACGAUGCUCCUCACACCAAGUCUCCGCUGUCCGGACGGAGUCAGCCCUCGUCUCCACAAGCUACUCGAGCCGACCUUUCCGACGCCACGCGGGCCGCCGCACAGAAGGCCGCUGCAGAGUCGGUGCUCGUCUCGCACCGACACACCCUUGCACCUGUGCCAACCCAUCUUACGCGUUCCACGCCUUCAGCCCCUAGUCCAUCUCUGCUGCCAUCUUCGAUGCCUCAUGGCGCCAGUGCACUGUCCCGUGCUUUUGCACAGACUGCGAGUCGCAUCUCCAAGCUGAAGAGGGCGCUCGGUAGCCGCGGCUUGGGCAUGAACAGCAACCAUGAUGUUGACGCUGAAGCCGAGGAGUGUGGCGACCUUCUGUUCUCAAAAGGUGGGCUCGACAGGCUCUUGCAAUUCUUUGCCGCCGAGCAAUCCCGGAGACAGUCUCUGCUUUCUUCUCGCGAUACGAAACCGGUUCGUCAACGACCUCUUUCCCGUACCGACGAGGUCGACGAAGAGCAAGACGAAGGUCCAGCGAGUCAAGCGUCUGAGGACAGCACAGGUCAAGAGGAGACGCCCAGCCUGGUAGGCGCUUCCACUAACCGUUCCACACCAGCCAGUUCUAUUGACCUGGCCCGCCUCUCGGACAAGCAUGCUUCGCACGAUGACGGUGCUCGUCAAGGUCUUGGCAUCGACAUAGAGACCUCUGAGCAGCACGGGGGCGAAAGCUCCCUGGCUGCGCCUGGUCAGGACCUCUUUGGUCUUAACCCGGCCAGCAUUCAGCACCUCGCCUCGCUUGCUCACGUGAGGCCCAAAGUCGAAGAGUGUCUUCAUCACGCCGCUAGCGAACAAACACUCCGAUCAGUGUCGCGCAUGCCUGUCGGACGUGAUUCGGUUGGAAUCGCCAGCGUUGCUGGAACUAACGUGCAGCGGCGCCAAUCGACCCGAGACUCGCUCCUGAGCAACGGCGCCCCGCGUAUCGUUCAAAUCGACGACAUCGAUCUUUCCAGCGACGAGGACGACUUUGCUGUGCGCAAAGCGCUGCGUCGCCUUCCGGGAGCCAGAGAUUUGCGCCAAGCCAACACCAUCCGGGAUCUUGAGCCGCAGUCAUCGGCACCUGGACGCGACAGUGUCGAUUCAAUGGCCUCUUCGAUGUUCCGACAUGCCGGCUCCACGCGUCACUUUCACGUGGGCUCUUUCGGCAUGGGGCACGCUCGCGGCCUCAGCGUCGACAGCGCUUUUCUCGGCUCCGAACACCUCGGAGCUCUGCCACAAGCGUUGCAGCCAGCCCUGCCGGUGAUCACCACGGUGCAGUCAGAGAUGCUGGACCCCGAUGAGGCGCUGCAGGGCUACGAGCUGGUCAAAGGUUUCCGCUUGGACGACAUUGAAAGCGAUGACGAGGAGCCGGGUGAUGUCGAGGCAGCUCUGCGUCGACUAGAGGGUAUCAUCGAUGAAGACCGGCAAAAGCAAAAAGCCAACCGGGUCGAACGUCUCUGGCAGCGUUCCAUGGCUAGGAACGCCAAGGUGGAGGAUCGCGGCAAUGUUACUGACAAACGUAACAGCGAGUCGUCGCUUCACUCCAAGGGCGAUCGCACGCUGUCGUCUUCUCUCACGGGAGGAUCGCUCGCUGACGCAGAAGACGAGAUCUCCAACGCGUCUGUCCAUCCGUGCGACUCAUCGAGCGAUACGCCACUUGACGCGACGCGACCUCAUCCAUCCACCGUGCAGCCCAAGGAGCUCGGUGCCCAAUCAUCGUUCUUGGAUCUUCGAGACAGCGUCAGCACGUCAGAAUCUGGAGCGCAAGGCGAGGAGCGUCUUGCUGACGACCCUACGUCUGGAGCGCAACGACACUUCACCGAAGAUCUCAAUGCUCUGGCAGUAGCCGAUGUAGUCGGGCAGCCUGCAUCCCGCACGAACGUCCCGCAGCGAGCCAUCAAUCUGCUUCCGUCGCCGAAAAGCGGCCUGUCAAAUACGCUUCCUAUCCAUCGCUCGUUCCUCCUGUCUUACGGAUCUGGCUCGGUGGCCAGGCAGAUGUGUUUGAUCGAAGCCGAACUGCUGCGUUCCGUCUCGUGGGACGAACUGGCUUCGUCGCGGUGGCGCGAGCGUCGCUUUGGCGCCGAAGUCACCGACUGGGAAGCCUUCUACCGCGAUAGGGUGCGCGAUCGGCUCGAGGCGCAGCGCCUCGGCGAGGUGCAUCAGGAACGCGCGGUAGAAGCCAUCGUCGCUCGCUUCAAUCUCACGUCGAACUGGGUCGCCAGCGAGGUCGUCCUGACGCAGAACAUCGACGAGCGAGCAGCGGUCAUCUCCAAGCUGAUCCGUAUAGCCUGGAAGUGCUACUUGCAUUCCAACUUUGCCUCGCUCGCCCAGAUCAUCUUUGGCCUCAGCACACCGUGGGUGGAACGGCUCCGCCGUACGUGGAAUCGAGUGGGCUACUUUGAGAUGCGCAUGUGGCGGGAUCUCAACUCGUUCGUCGGACCUCGUCACAAUUUCCACCACCUCCGCAAUGCCAUGUUGAAGCUGGUCGAGUCCUCCGCCGGAGGCAGCGGUCCCGCCGACUUCAGCUCCACGCCAAUGGUCGCAGAGACCAGCAAGACCGGAUCAGCCCGAAGCUGCGUUCCCUUCUUCGGCCUGUUUGUCUCGGACCUGAUGCAGUACGAUGCCAUGCCGACCUUUUUAGACCCGACAUCGCCUACGAUGGCCGCUACGACGACGACCUACGCCCAAGACGGCAACGUCCGCAUUCAUCCUGUUGAUGCAAACGCAUUCGACGGUCUGGCUCCACUGCCUCCGGGUGUGGUCCUCGAGCCGCUCAUCAACGUGCUCAAGUUCCGCAACAUCGCCGAGGUCAUUCGGCAGAUCUCCGCCUUCCAGAACGCAGCCAAAAACUACCCAACCAUGUUUGAAGCCGAGAAAGGCGCUUACGUACGUUGUCUCAAGCUGCGUUGCCUACCUGGCGAAUUGCUCGCUCGCUUGAGCCACAUGGCCGAGUCUUGA